GUCUACCUGAUACUUAUCCCAACCAAAUUGACAGCCUUAUGGCUUUCAAAAAUGAGUUUAAUCUGUUAUGCAACAAUUCAUUGACAAACUCUUGGACGAAUGAUGCUUUCUCUUUUGAUGGGGUUUCGUUUGAUGAAGAGACCGGUGCCGUGACAGAGCUAAAACUUCGCGGUGCGUGUCUCUAUGGCACUCUUGAUGCUAACAGUAGCCUUUUCAGCUUACACCAAAUCAGGUAUCUGGAUCUUUCUUACAACAACUUUUCCUCUUCAAUCCCUUCUGAGUUUGGCAGACUCACCAACUUAGAGUUCUUGGAUCUUCACCAAAAUGGUUUCACCGGUGAAUUUCCAUCCUCAGUUAGUAAUCUAACCGGGCUAACCUACUUGGACCUUUCAAAUAACAAGUUCACCAGUAGUUUUCCCCAUGUGUACAACUUGGCCAAGCUUUCUUCGUUAGAACUUUCUAACAAUAGAUUCGAGGGGAAAGUACCUGAGUGGAUAUGGAAUUUGCCGUCUUUGACUUUAAUGAGUCUCGCUAACAACUCCCUCGACAGUUUUGAAGGCUCUCCAGAAGCGCCUCUUAACUCGUCACUUGUCUAUUUAUCUUUGAGUUCAAACGCCUUUCAAGGAUUUUUCCCUAUGCUUCCACAAUCCAUGAGGUACAUAGUUGCAGCAGAUAACAAUUUCACAGGGGAGAUACCUCUUUCAAUGUGCAAUCCAAGGAAUCUGCUAUACGUUGAUCUAUCAAACAACAGUUUUAGUGAUUCAUUUCCUAGAUGCUUGAGUGAAUCGCUAAUAGUGUUGAAUCUACGUCACAACAACCUUAGAAGAUUUCCUGACAAAUUCUCCAACAGCUCACUGAAAAUGCUCGACGUUGGCCACAAUCAAAUAAGAGGGAAGCUUCCAAGGUCUCUAGUGAAUUGCAAAAGCCUAGAGUUUCUAAAUGUGGAGAGCAAUCGCAUCAAUGACACAUUUCCUUUCUGGAUGACCGCUUUACCAAAUAUGCUACUCAUUAUCCUACGAUCAAACAGAUUCAAUGGCCCUAUCUAUUCUCCUCAACAUCCUCUAUCGUUUCCAGAACUGCGGUUAUUUGACAUAUCGCAUAACAAAUUUGACGGGAGCCUGCCACCAAAUUAUUUUAUGAAUUGGAGUGCAGCCUUGGUCAGAGGGCGUGAAUAUAAAGGACCAUCAUUUUACAUUGGGGAUUCUUACCCGCUUAGGUUUCAUCCUUCCAUUGUUAUGAAUGUUAAAGGAAUGACCAUGGAGCUAGAGAAAGUCUUCACGGAUUAUGCUUUCGUUGAUUUCUCUCGUAACAGACUUGGAGGACAGAUUCCAGAAUCCAUAGGUCUCUUGAAGUCACUGAUUGCGUUGAAUUUAUCCAACAACGAUUUCACAGGUCAGAUUCCAUCGUCUUUGGCCACACUCAAUGAACUCCAGUCACUCGACUUAUCCCGAAACCAACUUUCCGGGAACAUUCCACAAGAGCUAAGCGCACUCUCGUUCUUGGCAGACAUUAAUAUGUCUCAUAACAACCUCACGGGACAAAUACCACAGGGUACACAGUUCGUGUCGCAAGAUGACACUUCCUUUGAAGGGAAUAUCAACCUUUGUGGUCUUCCUCUUCACAAAAGUUGCUUAGAGAAAAACGGAGCACCAUCACCACAGACUCGACAACUAAAGCCGUCGAAGCAAGAAUAUAUGUUGAACUCGAAAGCUGCAAUGAUGGGCUAUGGGCUCACCCUGAUAAUGUUUGGACUAGGAAUCGGAUAUGUUAUAGCUGCAUACAGACCGACGUGGUUCCUAAAGUUUUUUUGAAAAUAAUUAGGAUAGUGUAUUGUGUACCGGUCCUCAUUAUCAUUCCCUUAUACAGCUUGAGUAUGAUCACUUUAUCUAUAUUAUUAUUUUUGCAGCCA